AUGAUAAACACAACUUGUUCUCUAAUAUUUCGGGGCAGAGCGAGCCCAUUUUUAGUUUUUCGCCAGCUCUCGGGAUUAUCGAAACAAACAUCCAAGAUGGUCCUUACUCUUUACAAGAAUGAUGGCAGCCCGCCAGUACGGUCAGUUCUCUGGGUCAUAGAAAAACUGAAGCUACCAUGUGAGUUUGUUGACAUAAACCUUAUGAAUAAGGAGCAUCUCACAGAAGAAUAUAAGAAGAUAAAUCCACAACACACGAUUCCAACUUUAGUAGAUGACGACUUCACACUCGCGGACAGCCAUGCCAUCAUCACCUAUUUAUUGAACAAGUACGGCAAAGAUGACUCCCUUUACCCAGCAGAGCCCAAGCUACGAGCGAUCGUCGAACAACGUUUGCAUUUCGACAGUGGUAUCUUAUUCCCUGCUCUUCGUGGUGGAUUUUCCCAAGUCUUUUUCGAAGGGAGAAACAAAGUGUCCCAAGAAGUAAUCGACAAGAUUAAAUCAGCUUAUGAGUUCACGGAACAAUUCGCGACUAACACCUGGUUGGCUGGAGACCAGUUCACCAUCGCUGAUAUCUGCUGUGUGACGAGUGUCAGCAGUAUGAAUGUCAUUGUUCCCAUUGAUGCUAAGUUAUACCCCAAUCUCUACUCGUGGUUCAAACGCUGCUCCGAACUCGAUAUCUACAAAACCAAGAACGACCCUGGCAACAAAAUACUCGGAGAAUUGUACAGAAGCAGAAUAGCUUAA